CUCUUCUAACAUACCUGCUCAUCAUAUUAGUGAAUUUGACUUUGAUCAUUACAAUCAUUCUGGAGAAAGGCCUUCAUGAGCCUAUGUACAUAUUUCUGUGUAAUCUGUGUAUUAAUGCACUGUAUGGAACUGCUGGUUUCUACCCCAGGUUCUUAUCAGACCUUCUGUCAGAUGACCAAGUGAUAUCAUAUGGUGGAUGUGUGACUCAAGGUUUUGUAAUAUACACAUCGGUCAUGUGUGAGAUUACUCUGUUAACAGCAAUGGCUUAUGACCGGUAUGUAGCAAUAUGCAAACCUUUACAAUAUCAUACAUUACUAACACCUGCAACUGUGGGAAAAAUAAUUGUCCUUGCUUGGUGUUACCCUCUUUUGAUCUCAGGGAUAGCCGUUUUAUUAACUGUUCGACUGCCUUUGUGUGGGUCUCGCAUUUGUAAACUUUUUUGUGACAAUGGGUCUAUACUUCAACAUUCAUGUGCACCCGUUACUAUUAAUCGUAUCUGGAGUGCCUUUACUUUGGCGGGUCAAAUUCUACAAGUGAUUUUGAUUGGCUGGUCUUAUCUUCAGAUUACACGUGUUUGUCUGAGAUCAGAAGAGGGAAGGCUCAAGUUUACUCAGACAUGUGUGCCACAUUUAUUGACAAUGGUUAUUUUCAUUGUAGUAACUUUGUUUGAUGUCUUAAAUAGCUUUUAUGGAGACCAAAAUAUGCCACUUAACCUGCGCAAUCUGAUGGCUUUGCAAUUCCUUAUUGUACCACCUGUAUUCAAUCCUGUUAUUUAUGGUCUCAACCUGCAGAAGGUUCGAACAGCAGUUUUUAUAAGGAAAAACAAAAUUCGCUACUAA